UAUCAGUGUGAACAUCCUGUCCCGGGUAUUCUGUCCUGGGUUGUCAGUGAGUGUUGGUUAACCAGGUGUGGUGGAUGGCUGUUUACUGGCAUGAACAAGUCGCAGUAAAUAAUAAGUGUUAAGUGAAGAACUAUUGCUAUAAGCAAGUCUUGGAUAUAAUACAAUGGAAGAAAAAACUCUUACUACGGAGACGGUUGACUUACCGGCAGAGUGCAGCAACAGUGACCCAACUUCUCCGCAGCAAACAAGGGAACAAACCCAGGAUGAUAAACAGGACAACCAAGUGGGGUUGAGUGAGGAAUGGAAGGAUUCUCCCAGUGAUGCUUGGAAACAUUCCCUUAGUGAUUUUGAGAGACAAAUCCUUGCAAUGCAAGCUACAGAUGGAACUAGUGAACAUAUGGUAGCUGUUGGGGCAGAAUAUAAUGAAAACACUGUUGUAGUCACAAAAGAGGUUAAAUCUGAUGCCAUACAAAGUCAUACAUUUGUGGAUGUGAAAAGCAACCAACUUGAAUCACAAAGCAGCUUAGCUCAAGACCCAACUAAUGAACCAACUCAACUUCUCAGCAACACAGAACUGUAUGCAUAUAAUGACAGCACCAGUGAAUACUCUGAACAUUCAGAAGACACAAAUAGUAUUUCUGGUAUAAUGAGUGAUAGAGAGACCGUAUUGAGGGAAUCUGCUUCGCCAAGUCAUAAAUAUAUGCUUGACAUGGAUACUGCAUCCAGCAUUAAAGAUUGCAAAGAGACAAAUUUUGAGAUUUCUCACUGGGGCACUCGGUCAGUCCGCCGUGUAAAAAUUAAAAAGCAGACAGUUUCAAGAACAUUAAGCUUAGACCCCGGUAUACAGAAGCAGUACUCAGGUUUCAUGGAACAUCACAUUAAACUGCUCAAAGAUGAGCGUGAAAGUGUACAGAAGAAGACUUUCAUGAAAUGGGUUAAUUCUCACCUGGUGCGCGUGAGUGCCCGUAUUGGAGACCUCUAUGUUGAUCUGCGAGACGGAAAGCAACUCAUCAAGCUGCUGGAGAUCCUGUCUGGAGAGCGACUACCACGACCCACCAAGGGAAAGAUGCGAAUUCACUGCUUGGAGAAUGUGGACAAGGCAUUACAAUUCCUACGUGACCAGCGUGUCCACUUGGAGAACAUGGGUUCACACGAUAUUGUGGACGGUAAUGCACGACUUACCCUAGGUCUCAUCUGGACCAUCAUCCUUCGCUUCCAGAUUCAAGAUAUUACCAUCGAAGAGACUGAGAAUCAAGAGACAAAGAGUGCCAAGGAUGCUCUCCUUCUUUGGUGUCAGAUGAAGACUGCUGGCUAUCACAAUGUUAACAUCAGGAAUUUCACUACAUCUUGGAGAGAUGGUUUAGCUUUUAAUGCCAUCAUUCAUAAACACAGGCCAGAUUUGGUGCAAUAUGAGAAGUUGUCUCGUUCAAAUCCUAUUCACAAUCUCAACAACGCCUUCAAUGUGGCAGAAAACAAACUGGGACUCACAAAACUUCUGGAUGCAGAAGACAUUUUUGUGGAACAGCCUGAUGAGAAGUCUAUUAUUACCUAUGUUGUCACAUACUAUCACUACUUCUCUAAGUUGAAGCAGGAGACAGUUCAGGGCAAGCGUAUAGGCAAGGUAGUUGGCAUUGCUAUGGAGAAUGAUAGAAUGAUAAGGGAAUAUGAAGGAUUGACCUCAGAUCUUCUCAAGUGGAUUGAGACCACCAUUGAGUCUCUUAAUGACAGGGAUUUUGCCAAUUCCUUGACAGGAGUUCAAACACAGCUGACACAGUUCAACACCUAUCGCACUGUAGAAAAACCACCAAAGUUUGUAGAAAAGGGUAACCUUGAGGUGCUGCUUUUUACUUUGCAGUCUAAGAUGAGAGCUAACAACCAAAAACCAUAUUUGCCAAAGGAAGGUAAGAUGAUCAGUGACAUCAACAAAGCCUGGGAACGCUUAGAGAAGGCUGAGCAUGAACGGGAAUUGGCACUGCGAGAGGAGCUCAUUCGUCAAGAGAAAUUGGAACAACUAGCUGCUAGGUUUAACCGUAAGGCUGGGAUGAGAGAGACAUGGUUGUCUGAAAACCAGCGUCUGGUUUCUCAAGACAACUUUGGCUUUGAUUUGGCAGCUGUGGAAGCAGCAGCAAAGAAACAUGAAGCCAUUGAAACUGAUAUCUUUGCUUAUGAGGAACGUGUACAAGCUGUUGUUGCUGUUGCACAAGAAUUGGAGACUGAACGUUAUCAUGAUAUUGAACGUAUCAAUGCAAGGAAAGAUAAUGUAUUGCGGCUCUGGAACUAUCUGUUAGAGCUUUUGCGUCUUCGUCGCAUGAGACUUGAGCUGUCCCUACAGUUGCAACAGAACUUCCAAGAAAUGAUAUACAUAUUAGAUUCUAUGGAAGAUAUGAAGGUGCGACUGUUGAGUGAAGAUUAUGGAAAACAUCUUAUGGGUGUAGAGGACUUGUUGCAGAAACACUCACUGCUGGAAGCAGAUAUCAAUGUGCUGGGUGAGCGUGUUAAGACAGUUAUUGAGCACUCUCAAAGGUUCCUUGAUGAUGAACAAGUGGAGGGUUAUCGCCCAUGUGACCCAUCCAUUGUUCUGGAACGUGUACAACAGUUGGAAGAUGCUUAUGGUGAAUUGGUGAAGCUUGCAGUAGAACGUCGGCUGCGUCUGGAAGAGUCCCGUAAAUUAUGGCAGUUCUACUGGGAUAUGGCAGAAGAAGAAAACUGGAUCAAGGAAAAGGAACAGAUUCUUUCCACAUCAGACAUUGGGCAUGACCUUAUUACUGUUAAUCUACUCCUGACUAAGCACAAGACAGUAGAAGAAGAGCUGCUUUCACAUGAACCCCAGGUAAUGGCUGUCGUUAAAGUUGGUGAAGAACUCAUUGCUCAGCAGCAUUUUGGCUCAGACAAGAUUCAAGAGAGAAUUGAUGAAAUUGUGGGAAUGUGGACUAACCUCAAGGAUAGAUCAGCAAAUCGCAAGAAGAGGCUGACUGACGCAGUGGACCUUCAUCAGUUCUACACAGAAGCUGAUGAUGUAGACACAUGGAUGCUGGAUAUUCUUCGUUUGGUAUCUAGUGAGGAUACUGGCCGAGAUGAGGCUACUGUGCAGUCUCUUCUCAAGAAGCACAAGGAUGUCACUGAAGAAUUGAAAAAUUAUGCCACCACUAUUGAAGCUCUUCAUCAACAAGCAUCAGAACUUAAUGAGAUUGAUAGGGAAUCUCCAGAUGUGGUUGAGAGAUUGGCUUCCAUUGACAGGCGGUAUAAAGAGCUCUUGGAAUUGGCAAAGAUGCGUAAACAGAGACUCCUUGAUGCCUUGUCGUUGUAUAAACUGUUUACAGAGGCAGAUGGAGUUGAGCAAUGGAUAGGAGAAAAAGAACGGAUGCUUCAGACUAUGGUCCCUGCAAAGGAUAUUGAAGAUUGUGAGAUCAUGAAACAUAGGUAUGAAGGAUUUGAACAAGAGAUGAAUGCUAAUGCCAGUCGUGUUGCAGUGGUGAAUCAGCUGGCACGCCAGCUGUUGCAUGUGGAACAUCCUAAUUCAGAGGAUAUUGUAGCCCGUCAAAAUCAGUUAAAUCAACGCUGGGCAGAGCUUCGAGAAAAGGCUGAGGGUAAACGUGAAGAACUUAACUCAGCUCAUGGUGUUCAGACAUUCCACAUUGAAUGCCGAGAAACAGUACUCUGGAUUGAAGAUAAGAAGAGAGUCUUGAUGGAGACAGCUGAUCUUGGUACAGAUCUUAGUGGCAUCAUGACUCUUCAGCGACGCCUGUCUGGUAUGGAACGUGACUUAGCAGCCAUUCAGGCAAAGUUGGAUUCUCUAGAAAGAGAGGCUGAUAAAAUCAGUCAAGACCAUCCAGAUGAAGCUGAGCUUAUCCGUGAACGUGUUGAACAAAUUCGUGCUGUGUGGGAUCAGCUUACUCAGUUGUUGAAGGAACGUGAUGCAAAACUGGAGGAAGCUGGUGAUCUUCAUCGCUUCCUGCGUGAUUUGGACCACUUCCAGGCUUGGCUGACCAAGACUAUGACUGAUGUUGCCUCAGAAGAUAUUCCUUCUAACCUUGCUGAAGCAGAAAAACUUCUCAGUCAGCACCAGUCUAUCCGAGAAGAGAUUGAUAACUACACUGAAGAUUAUACCAAGAUGAUGGAAUAUGGUGAACGUAUAACUGCUGAAGAUGUCACUCCAGCAGAUGAUGCUCAAUAUAUGUUCUUGAGAGAACGUCUGAAAGCCCUCAAGGAUGGCUGGGCAGAGUUGCACCAGAUGUGGGAAAACAGACAGCAGCUUUUAUCACAGUCUCUCAAUUUGCAAAUGUUCUUACGUGAUACCAAACAAGGCGAAGUACUUCUUAGCCAGCAGGAACACUACCUCAGUAAGGACGAGACACCUACUAACUUGGAGCAGGCAGAGAAUCUCAUUAAGAGACACGAAGCCUUCCUUACUACUAUGGAAGCUAAUGAUGAAAAGAUUAAUGGCAUAUGUCAGUUUGCACAGAGGCUUUUGGAUGAAGAACAUUUUGCAGCUGAAAAAAUUCAGAAAAAGGCAGAAAACAUUGAAGAACGUCGUCAACAAAAUAGAGAUAGAGCCAUGGAACAGAUGGAGCGUUUACGGGACCAACUGCAAGUGCAUCAGUUCCUUCAAGAUUGUGAAGAACUCAAUGACUGGGUACAAGAAAAGCAUAUCAUUGCCCAAGAUGAGAGUUAUCGCUCAGCCAAGACUGUGCACAGCAAGUGGACACGACAUCAGGCCUUUGAAGCAGAGAUUGCCAGCAAUAAAGACCGGCUAGUACGAGUACAGCAAGCUGGGGAGGAGUUGGUGAAAGAAAAGCCAGAGAUGGCAGAACUUAUUGGACCCAAGAUUUCUGAACUGAACCAACACUUUGAUGCCCUGGAAACUACUACAAAAGAAAAGGGUGAACGUCUCUUUGAUGCUAAUCGACAGGUGCUUUAUGAACAGACUUGUGAUGAUAUUGAUACAUGGAUGACUGAUUUGGAAAAACAAAUUGAGGGUGGAGAUACUGGCAUGGAUCUCACUUCUGUAAAUAUACUUAUGCAGAAACAACAAAUGAUAGAGACACAAAUGGCUGUUAAAGCCAAGCAAGUUGAACAACUAGAAAGUCAAGCUGAUUAUUUACAACGCAUGACACCAGAGAAGACUGAAGAGAUCAAAUUGAUGAAGGCAAAGGUAGAAUCCAAAUUUGAUUCACUCAAGGGUCCUCUAGUAGACCGCAAUUGGGCUUUGAGUAAAAAGAAAGAAGCUUACCAGUUCAGGAGGGAUGUGGAAGAUGAGAAGCUGUGGAUUUUAGAAAAGAUGCCUCAGGCAUCUAGCACAGAAUAUGGUAACUCUCUCUUCACCGUCCACAUGCUGAAGAAGAAGCUACAGAGCCUAAGCACAGAAAUUGAUAACCAUGAAAUUCGCAUUAAUUUGGUAUGUGCAAAUGGCAGAAAACUAAUUGAGGAAGGACACGAGAGUGCAGAUGAAUUCCACAAGUUAUUAGAGGACUUGCUUGAUCACUGGGCCAAAUUAAAGGAUGCUCUUGAACACCGACGAUCAAAACUUUUGGUGUCAGAGAAGGCUCAACAAUACCUCUUUGAUGCAAGUGAAGCAGAGGUCUGGAUGAGUGAACAGGAGCUGUACAUGAUGGUUGAAGACCGUGGUAAAGAUGAACUUUCUGCCCAAAACUUAAUGAAGAAACACCAGAGCUUAGAGAGUGCUGUAUCUGACUAUGCUGAAACGAUAAGACAACUUGGAGAAACAGCUAGACAUCUCAUUAAUGAAGAACAUCCGGAUAGUGAACAGAUUGGAAUCAGACAGUCCCAGAUUGACAAGUUAUAUGCAGGAUUACGAGAUCUUGCAGUGGAACGCCGCAGUAAAUUGGAUGAAGCUCUCAAGCUCUUUAUGCUGAAUCGUGAGGUUGAUGACCUAGAACAAUGGAUUGCAGAGAGGGAGGUGGUUGCUGGAUCACACGAACUUGGUCAAGAUUAUGAGCAUGUCUCGAUGCUUCGUGACAGGUUUAAGGAGUUUGCUCGUGACACAGAAACCAUUGGAACAGAGCGUGUUGCAGCUGUCAAUGAGAUUGCUGAUCAACUAAUAUCUGCGGGUCACUCUGAUGCAGCCACUAUAGCAGAAUGGAAGGAUGGUCUCAAUGAAUCUUGGGCUGACCUACUUGAAUUGAUUGAGACACGCACACAGAUGUUAGCAGCUUCAUGGGAGCUCCAUAAAUUCUUCCAUGAUUGCAAAGAUGUGUUGAGUCGCAUUCUAGAAAAGCAAAACAGUAUCUCAGAUGAACUUGGUCGUGAUGCUGGUUCAGUUUCUGCCCUGCAGAGGAAACACCAAAACUUUGUACAAGACUUGGUUAUGCUUCAACAGCAGGUGCAACAGGUUCAGGAAGAUUCAUCCAAAUUACAAGCAGCAUAUGCAGGUGACAAAGCUCGUGAAAUUACCAACCGAGAAGCAGAGGUGGUGUCAGCAUGGUUGAACUUACAAGGAAUGUGUGAAGAUCGACGAAUUAAACUUCAUGACACUGGGGAUCUAUUUAGAUUCUUUAACAUGGUGCGCACACUUAUCUUGUGGAUGGAUGAUGUUAUCAGACAGAUGAACACUACAGAAAAACCAAGGGAUGUCAGUGGUGUUGAAUUAUUAAUGAACAAUCAUCAGAGUCUUAAAGCAGAGGUAGAUGCCCGGGAAGACAACUUUAAUGUGUGUGUAUCUCUUGGGAAGGAGCUUCUUUCCCGCAACCACUAUGCUACACCAGAGAUCAAGGAGAAGCUUAUGUCAUUAAGCAACCAGCGCAUCAACAUGCUCCAGCGCUGGGAAGAACGAUGGGAGCAUUUGCAGCUUAUUCUGGAGGUGUACCAGUUUGCUCGCGAUGCAUCUGUGGCAGAACAGUGGCUACUUGCACAGGAGCCUUAUCUAGUAUCAGUUGAAUUUGGGUGCUCUAUUGAUGAAGUUGAAAACCUCAUCAAGAAACAUGAGGCAUUUGAUAAGGCAUGUUCGGCCCAGGAAGAACGAUUUGCUGCCUUAGAAAGACUAACCACGCUUGAAGCCCUUAGUGUAACUGAUGCAAGACCAUCAACUAACAGUGGUGAUGAAACCAGUAUCAACCGCUCCUUCAUUCCUUCUUACUCACCUCGCCCACCCAGCCUCCGCCGUCAUUCUCUCCCCACCCCUGUACACGCAUUUUUUACUGCAUUUUCUUGUCCUGCAUUAACUCAGUUACAAGCCAGUAGGCAAAGAAGUUUUCGCCCCCUGUCAGAUAUUAUAUCGCCUAAGGUGGCUUCCAGUGGCUCUUUAAGGAAAAAUCGCAACAGAUCAAAUUCUGUUUCUAAUCCACAACUGUCAGAAACUGUACUCGUAAAGGAUUCUGAUACAGACAGUCUCUUUUCUGAAAUGCUUAACUUGCGCUGCAAUUAUUAUGAAGAGCGGCCCACUAGUGCCCCUCCUAGUAACUCAUUACAAUUAAGCUCAAAAGUUUCAACUAAUAGUGUGCCUACACCAUCAAAUCCAUCUCUCUCAAUAGAAAAUAGAGAUGGUGAAUUUUUGCAUUUAAAUGUCCCAGAUGGUGGAAGUGACAGUAAAUCUAAUAGCUCAGUUUGUGAGUUCGUUAGUGUAGAUGAAUAUGAAUCCCCAUAUUUAGAGGAGUCAGUAUAUAGAAUAUCAGACUUUUGUUCACAGGGCACAGGUUUUAGAAAUAGUUCAGAACUCGAGUGUAUUGCCGAAUUAGAAAAAGAAGAUAUGGAGCCUGUAUAUUGUUAUAGGGCUUAUAGAAAAAGUCAGAUAUACGGUUAUACAGACUCGGCUGAUGAGAGUACUACGUUACCACCCAUAUAUGAAUUAGAAGGUGAGGGAUCCGAGAUCACAGAAUUGGCUAGCCCCGCUAGAUCUGUUGAGUUUUGGAGCACUGAAAAUCUCUGUGAUGAGAAAUCGGACAACUUUAGUAAAAAAUAUAAUAAGACCAGCAUUGAAGCAUCCCAACCUCAAAAUUGGGUGAACCAUGAUAAUUGUGCUCAGUAUUGUUCAGAUAAUGAUUCCAUCAUGAGUUAUUAUUCAGUUAUCCCUCGUGAGGGUUUAAGGGAGAGCGUGCGUAAUGUUGACCAUUUAGUGGGAAAAUUGGAUUUGGGAAAUGUACAGGGGUGCCCCUCACCAGUGUCACCUUUCCCUCUCACUCCACCCAAUACUUGUGAUUCGUCUCCUAAAGUGACAAAUGUUAGACAUCCUGCAAGAAAUAACCUGCAUGCUCUGUCUGGUGUAGAGGUAAAGUAGUCUCAUAGUUUUAUGAAUUGUCCAUUUUGUUUUAUCAAUAUUUGUGCCUGCACCUCCUGUCAAGAAUGAAUCUAGUCUUAGGAUUGACUGAAAUGUUACAUUCUUAUGUUGCUGCCUAUAAGAUGAUAAUCAAUCCCCUAACCAAAAUAUUUUAAUUUUUAACUCAAGGACUCUUUGGGGUAUACAAUAAGAUUUUUUUCUAUUGAAAUGCAUGAAGAAUUAUAUAGUAGACUUCAUUUUGUAGAAGAUUUAGAUGCAAGGCUUAUUAUACAAAUGGGAGAUUAUAGAAUGUGUUUAAUAAUACAGUACAGUA